GAGCUACGCGCGCGUGCUUUUCAAAUUGACGUUCCUUACUUAGUUGGCUCGCCAUCGUCAUCGUUCAUCACCAACUCGAGUCGUGUUUCACAAAAAUAUAUAUAGAAAAAAAGUUAAAGUCUUAUAGACAACAAUAAAGCUACGUGACGUGAAAAAACAAAACUUAAAAAUCCAUACUUACAACAAAUCAAAGUGAACAACACGCUCUUGAAAGCGAAACUGGCGCUCAAGUUCAGCAGAGCGGCGCAUGUGUCGCCCCCAACGUUUGUUGUUGAUUUCUAUGCAAAUCAUUACUCAGAAAUAAACAGAUAUAGAUACAUACAAAUAUACUAUAUAUACAUAAAACUAUACUACGUGCAUAUGUAAAAGAGGCGUGCUAUUUUUAUUUCGCUAAAUGUCGACUUGAAGCUUUGAAGCGCACGUCAACAUCGUCUCCGCCGCUGCAGCAGCAGUAGCAACAACAAAAACAAGAACAACUGUAACUUGAGACGCGCGCGUUCGGCGACAAACAAACAGACAGAGAGACAGACAGAAUCAGAUUGUAUCUGUAUCUGAAAGCGGCGCAAAAAGUAAUCAUAAACUGAAGCAACAACAAGAGAGAAAUAAAAAAAGGAAAAAUAAGCUAAAAGUCAGUCAUAAAAAAAAGACCGCUGCUGCCGCACGACCUUAUUGCCUCAAAAACAGCAACAACAACAACCACAACUAUCGCCACUAUCGUUUGUAAUAGACACGAGAAAGACAGACAGACAGACACACACACAAUCGGUCAGUCAGUCAUUCUAUCAGUCUGUCAGUCAUUCAGCUCCUGGCUGCUGCUCUGUUUUUAUUUAAUAUUUAUUUCAUUAUACAAAUCAAGCGCGCUUAUAUUGGCCACAAAAGAGUGUUGUAAAGUGGUGCAAAAAGUGUGAAAAGUGUACGUGUGCUGCGAAUCGAAUCGAGAAUCAGGCAAACCACAAAUCAUAUACAUAUGUACAUAUAUAUGUGUGUAGCUGUGUUUGUUUGUAUUGCAAACAAAGCAGCUGAGUCAACACGAAAUGUGAGCAAAUUUGCAUAAAAGUGCAAAAAUAAACAUAAAUUAUUAUUAUUGAAAAGAAUAAGUAACAACCGCAAUAACAAAAACAAAAACAACACACAGACACAAACACUUUGUGCCGCCCGACAUGGAAUAUUUGUGCAUAUUAAACGCCUUCGAGCAGAAUUACUAUAAUCGCAUCAAGGAAAUUGAGCGUUUAGCCGCAGCAGCCGCUGCAUCGCAACAACAACAGAAGCAGCAUCAGCAGCAGCAGCAACAACAACAACAACAACAACUACUACGUGGUGCAACAUCCACAUCGCCAGGCGCUUCCUCAGCAGCAUCCUCAACGGCCAGCUCGCCCACGUCCCAACCGCAGCAGCAGCAGCAGCAGCAACAACAACAGCAACAGCAAUCCAUAGGCAAGGGCAGCAAGGAAGCAGCUGCAGCAGCAACAUCAUCUACAACACUCCACUCGCGCCAUUUUGCGCAUGCCGCUGCGCUGGCGGCCACGCAGCAGCAGCUGCAACAGCACUUCAGUGGAGCCGCAGCCGCCUAUCAGUCCGAGUUUCCUGCCCAAUCGCCGCUAUUUUAUCAGCAGCGACAGGCACAGUCUCAGUCUCAAUCGCAGCUUCAGCUUCACCAACAUCACCACCAGCAGCAACAGCACCACCACCACCAACAGCAGCAGCAGCAGCAACAUAAUUCCAACAUGGCCAACAGUUUGUUGUGGCAACCCUGGCUAGACUUGCAACAGGCAGCCGCCAUGCAUCAUCAGCUCUAUAAGCAACAACAACAACAAAUGCAACAAGAACAACAGCGCCAACAACAAUUGCAAAAAGAGACGCGUCUGACGUCAAAGGAGCUGCCAACAGCAGCAUGGAGACGCGAACGCCGCCAGCGCACCGCCGAGUAUCAAGUUCAUGAUGCCGGCGGCGGCUGUGGUGGAGCCGGCAGCAUUACCACUGCUGGAAUUGGAGGCCUUGGAAUAGCCGCUGAGCGCGACAUGGACAGCCCCAUUGAUAUGUCAGUGACGUCGAGCAGUCUGAAGCAUCAACGUUCAUCGCCACCGCCGCCAUAUCGUGAACCGCUGCCCGGCACUAACUAUGCUGCCAUGCGUCCCAGUGUCAUUACGCAGGCACCGCCCAAACGUGAGCCACAAGAGCAGCGCGACUAUGAUAAUCGGAGCACUGAAUCCGUUGCUAUGUGCGACAUCGAUGAACAUUUUCGCCGCUCACUGGGACCGGACUAUGCGGCGCUGUUUGCGAAGAAGUCGCCGACACCAAGCUCGCCCACGCCGUCGCCACAACCAUCGGGCAGCGGUACACCCAUGCAGUCCGUCUCGCCAAAUGCUGCAGCACAGUUGCAUGUGCCAACAUACCAGCAACAUCUUCAACAACAUGGCGCACCCUCACCGCUGCCACAGCCACUGCCGCUGCUUGGAACGCCCAAAUCGGCCCCAAUGGCAAUUAUGCAUUCGCCCACGCUAAAAUCGGCCUCUGUGUCGCCACAGCCUGAGCUGCCACCGCCGCAGGACGAACCUCUUUCCUUGCAUCGCAGUCAUGCGGCAACGCCACCAUCGCCAUCACCCUCGCUGGCGGCAGCUACAGUAGCCACUGUGGCUUUGGCGCCUGCCACACCACCACCGCCACUGAUAGCCGAUGUGCCGCUGGCCUUGGGAAAGCGGGCGCUGGACUCGCCGCAUCAUACGCCACCUAGAUACAACACACCACCGCCUGCCUAUGGCAGCGUGUCGGUUACAUCGACGCCAAAUCCUGCACCCACCAUGCCAGCUAUAAUUCGCGUCAAGGCCGAGCCGGGACUGGCAGCUGCAUCGUCAACACAUACGCCGCCAGCCUCACCAACCUCGUCCACAAACAUUUCGAUAUUCACCAAGCCGGAGGCCUCUGUCGAUGAUCACUUUGCCAAGGCGCUCGGUGAUACCUGGAAAAAACUGCAAGGCCAAAAGGAGUAGGGUCAGAAAUUAAUGAAUGUAGGGAACCAGAAGAAGGGGGACAGGAGCAGGAGCAGGACCAUCUCAAAAGCAAGCCGCUUUAAUUUCAAACUAAUUGACGUUUAAAGAUCUCAUGACGAUGUGAAAAUUUUCUUCAAAUGCGAAUGUAUUAAACAGUUUCCGAUAAUGUUUUUUAAUGAUCGUUGAAUUGACAAUUGAUUGAUGAUAUAAUGAUAUACAUAUAUAUACAUAUGACAAAGCGUAUACGUACAAGUGACAAAAGUUGUAUUCUUAAUGCAUAGUUGCUAGAGACUAAUCCUUAAUACUAUCUAUUUGUAUACAAAUAUAAAUGUAUUUAAUUUUAAGAAAAUGAAAUGCAGACACAAACUAAAAAUGAUCUGGUUAUAAUGUAAUAUUUUCAUAAUUCUAAAUUAUGAACUAGCUACUAAGUUUAUCCAAAUGAAUCCUAUAAAAUUAAAGUGAAACACACUGAAAUGAAAGUGGGUAAUAAAUAUAAAUUCUAAAUA